GGUAGACAGACUAUUUUAUCAGGCUGGAAGGCUUGAAUAUAUCGCUGUGAUCAGGAGGGUGAUUGACUUGCAAAACGGAGAAUCGGUGCCAAACUUUCUGAAGUCAAUGUACGUUUCCCCGAGCAAUGAAAUCAUACGGCUUUACUGAUUUUCCCAUCGUUUGCGCCUUUAACCUCUGGUCUGUUGAUCGUACGCCGUGUAAUCAAGUAUACACCGGUAAAUAUAAGGGUGCAAUGCUUGUCCAUGGAUGAGUGCGCAACGAAAACGACACUGGGGGAUUAGGACGACCCAUUCUCUUUAACUCUGUCGACGUAAUCCAGGUCAUUCCGGGUUGUCCCGAGGAUUUCGGCGAUUGCGAUAUCUGGACGGGGUCGUUCUAUGGGAAUUCCUGGGCUAUUUUUAACAGUCGUUGUACACGGUUAGCCCCAUGUCUGUGUUGCUACAGUUCGGAUACUUGCUACAGUGAAAUGGACCAGGAAGAUCAGGGAAGAGAGUUCUGCGAAAACUCCGAAAUACUAGCACCAGAAUCAGAACAAGAUGGAUAUAAAGCAAUCAAGAAAACUCUGUCCGUUUUGAUUGGACGUAAAUCUAAAAACAGAAAACUCAAAGAAAAACCACAUGUCCAAUCUCAGAGAGAUGAAGACUCCGGGGCUUUCACCUCAAAUUACGAAUAUCAAAGAGAGUCUCAUCCAAUGCAAGAGACCAGUGAACCGGCCUGGGUCUACCCACAGUCCUCUUGUCCACCACGUGACCCGGCCCCCCUCCCUUCCUCUGCUGACAACACCUACCGUUUUUGUCACGAGACACGUGGGUUUGCCGUUCUAAUCAUCAACAGCAAGUUCGACGACCAGGCUAAAAGGGAGAAUGCUGUCUGGGACGAAUAUUACAUGUACAAGAUGUUUAAAGAACUGAAUUUUGACGUUUAUAUUCUAAGGAACCUUGCAUCAAAAGAACUGUUGGAGAAAAUGAAAGCAAUACGGGAUGCUGUCAGUGCGGAGUCUGACUGCUUCGCCUGUGUGAUUAGUUCUCACGGGAUGGAGGGUAAAGUUAGCUCCGUCCACCCCCAGGUCGAGAAACCGUUUAUCAGGAUAGAGCACUUCACCUACACCAGGGACGGGGUGGUCAGAACCAACGAGCUCCUGGAGCUGUUCAAUGACCGGAACUGUCGACAUCUCAAGGGGAAGCCAAAGAUGUUCUUCAUUCAGGCCUGUAGGAGCCGCCUCGAUGUGCAGAAACCAGACGAAGUAGAUAUGGGCGUGGAGGUCCGUCUGAUGGAGACUAAAGCAACCACAUCAGCCGGUUCUCCAGCAAGAUUCUUUACAAGAGGCGAUGUGGUCGGGAAUUAUGACGAUUACUCGGGUCGACGACCUGAGGAAUUCCGGAGAAACUUCAUUGCAGCUACUCUUGACCCUUUGUAUGAAAACUACCAAGUUUAUGGACUAUCCCGUCAGUAUCCCGAAUACUACCAGGAACACCAAGUCCAUGUCCAGGCAUCUCUACAGAGGCAGGAACCAGCUCGAACCGGGACUUAUAAAUUCAAACCUACCGAGCCCGAGCCCGAAUCCGAGCCCAUUGAGGUUUUCCAGAUCCCGUGCUACAAUGACUACCUGGUUAUGUUUUCUUCCCCAGCAGGAACUAUUGCGUGGUCCGAUUCCGGUAAAGGUGGUUGGCUGAUGUACUGUCUGUACCAUGUGUUACAUGACGUCACUAACACAGACGAUGACCUGCUGACGACAUUGACACAGGGAGGAUCUGAGGAUUUGACAGCUCUGCCAGAUGGAAGAGUAUUUAUUUCAAGUGGGGUCAUUUCAAGUGAGAAAGGGAAAAUACUCCUGAUGGAUUUCUUAGAUCCCACUCACAAGAUCAAAGAACUUCAGCUACAGAGUGACCAGAAUAUGUCAGAUGCUCAUUAUCACGGACUCUCAGUUUGGCAGGAUAUUGAAACAGGAGGGCUUACAUUAGCUGUGAUAAUGCACCAUUCCUCUGGAGAAGACACAGUCGAAAUGUUCAAGUUUGAUGAGAAGAAACAAAUCUUGAUCCACAGUAAAACAGUCAGAGAUCCUCUGUUCUAUGAGUUAAAUGACCUUGUGCUGGUCAGCGAGAACCAGUUUUAUAUCACCUGUUCACUGAAGUGGUCACUGCUGGAGUUAUUCCUACACCUCAGGUUUGGCGAGGUCCUGUUUUAUGAUGGCUCUAGGGUGAGAGUUGCGGCAGGGGGACAUAUUUUUGCCAAUGGUAUCAACAUUUCUCCAGACCACAGGCAUGUAUAUGUGGCUGAGUUAUUGGAGAAAGAUAUAUUAGUUUAUGAAAGGCAAGAUGACAACAGUUUAGUUCUUAAACAGACUAAGUAUGUGGACUCAGGAGUAGAUAACAUAGAGGUGGAUCCUAAAUCUGGGGACCUGUGGGUGGGGGCUCACCCCCGAAUCGGUACCCUAAUCUACUUCAUGCAUAGAGAAGGACAAGGGACACCGUCGCCUUCUCAGGUUUUGAAGAUAAAAUCAGAGAAAGGAAUGUUGAGAGAAGUGAUAGAGGUGUUCCUGGAUGAUGGGGGAGAGAUCCCUGCGUCCUCUGUAGCAACGGUGUUUAAGAACAGGAUGGUCAUUGGGAGCGUAACAUCCAACCCAUUACUGUGCGACAUCAAAUACACCAACUGAUGACUGCGAUUAUAGGAGAAUUCCACGGCAGAUUGAUGGUGCAGAAGUGAUUGUGUUAUAGUGCUCUAUAGGAAAGGAAACGUCAAUGGUUAUUUUGCCCGUGAUCUGAGAAUAUUUUAUACAGUAAAGCCUACUGAAAGAAAAUACUUUGCAGAUGAACAGAAAGAAAACCAUUCUAUUAUUUUAUGACCUCUAGUUCGUCUUUAUAUAGAUAAAUAUCUAUAUAUCUUGUCAUCAGUCAAUACAAAUGAACUAGAGUAUCAUGUAUGAUUCAUAUGACUAGAAAAAAUCUAUCCUCAAAAAUCCAAACAAUUUCCCUAUUAUUUAACAUUAUCUUUCUAUGCCAUGUACACUUUAUGUAACAUAUUUGAAAAAAUUAAUGCUUUGCUUCAUUUUUCUAUAAAAAUGCAGACAUCAUGAGUGAAAAACUGCAUUUUUAAAUUAGCGGUAUGAUAGUAUGUAUGUAUGUACAUGUUAUUUGCAUUUUAAAGAGAAUGUUUAAUAAGUGAAUAUGAUGUCUGACAUCAUUGAUCAUUUGUCAUUUAUGAUCGGAAAUAUGUACUGUUUUUAUAAAGUUUACUGCUUGUGUAAAAUAGAGUGUGAAAAAGAGUUCGUGGAACAUGUUUUUGUCGUGGUUCAAAAUUAUUCUUUUGGCUAUUUAUAAUUAUAAGUCAUCGUGUACAAUUACUUGACAUUGUGUUCAUUGUUGCAGAGCUUUUCUUGUAUUCCAACAAUUGUGUUUAACUUUUUCAGUUUCUCAUGGCAAUAUUCCCACCUGAGGCAAAGUUACAGAAGAACAGUUGAUAUUUCAAUUGAUUUCUUUGUACAUAAGAUUUAAUUAAUUUUUUAUACUUAAAUUGACCCUUUUAUUUUCAUAUUACUAAAAUGUCAUACGUUACUUAACAGAAGUUUUAUAAUUGAUUUCUGAUUAAUUUUUAUUUAUCCGUUCACUGUAUUAUUUCAUUGUUUAUGUAUGAUUUUGAAUGGUAAACAAUUGUCACUUGGAUUUAAAUUUUCAGUGCUGAAAUAUCCCACAUUCAUGUAAAUUUAUCUACUAUGCUAAUCUAAAUAAAAUUAAAACAAA